AUGUUGUCCCUUCACAUUUCAUCAUACUCAACGCCAUCAGGCUACAAACUUUCGGAACUUCCAAUUCCCAAAAUUCGCGGCGACACAGACGUUCUUAUCAAGGUCUUUGCCGCGAGUAUCAACCCGAUCGACGUUAAAAGAGCCGGUGGGGCGCUCAAACCGGUGGUCAAAGACUCUUUCCCAUAUAGGAUUGGCUACGAUGCUGCUGGCGUGGUUACUGAAAUUGGAAAGAAUGUUUCGCGAUUAAAAGUUGGGGUUGCAGUUUACGUCAGACUGCCGGAGAUCAAUCGAGGCUCAUGCAGCGAGUAUGUGACAUGCUCGGAGGAACAGAUUGGCCUCAAACCUCCUUCAAUGUCCUUUGAAGAGGCAGCUUCAGUCCCCCUAGCAGCCAUGACAGCGCUCCAGGCCCUCAGAAAGUACGGCGAUCUUACUGGAAAGACCGUUUUCGUGCCUGCUGGAUUGAGUGGCACAGGUCUAUUUGCGUGUCAACUAGCCAAACAUGUGUUUCGCGCAAGUAAAGUAAUUUGCACAGUCUCAACCUCCAAGAUACCCCAGGUGAAAGAGCUUCUGGGCGAAGGAACUGUCGAUCAGAAACAAGUUAUCGAUUAUACCAAGUCCGACCCGAGAGAUGUCAUUGAAAAGGGCUCAGUGGACUUUCUUUUCGACACCGUCGGUCUUGCCAUGCAAUACUUGUGCCUCAUGAAGCCAAAAUCAAGCCGCAUCGUGUCUGUUUCCACUACGCCGUCAGCAAAUGUGCUGCAGAACUCUUCACUGAUGAGGAUGGCUCACAAUCCCACGAUUCCACCUUAUGUCCGGCCUGCUUUGGACAUCAUGGAUUACAUUCGCAAGUUCAGAGCGGGGCGCUACGGGGCCGAGUAUGAGUAUAUGAUUUUGGAGUCGAGCGGCAAGGAUCUGGAUGAACUUAGGGGAUAUGUUGAAGAUGGAAGGCUCAGGACAGUUGUGGGCACAAUUGUUGAGAUUCAAGAUCUAGAAGCGGUUCAAAGGGCGUGUCAGGUCGUUUAUGAUGGAAAAGGCGGUCUUGGGAAACUCGUGAUUCGGGUUGCUCGCACCGAGAGCUCAUGA